AUGGACAGCAGGCCGGCGCCCCCAAAGUUUGCGUCUUUCAAGCCCAAGUCUCGAGAUCCACCAGCCUCUUCUGAGCCCCUGGUAUCCAACCAAGACAGCCAGGUUGAUAAGAGCCGACGUGUUCCCAAAUUCGCAUCCUUCAAUAAGGAACCUGAGGGCUCCUCGAAGUCUUCUCUUUCUGACGCGGCCAAGACCCUUGAGAAGGACCACAGUAAAGAUGGACGUGACCACAAGAGCCAUGACCAACGUCGCAGCAGGCAUACCAAGUCAACCUCGCAUCAUCGCCGUCAUGAGCGGCACCGGUCUCGCAGUGCCGAGAGAUCGCUAUCUCCAGCUCCGGUAAAACAGGCUCCUAAGGAAGAGCCGCUGUUCAUAACGGACAAACGAGGAGACUCACUUAUUGUGAGGUAUGGGUCGAACGAACGAUCCAAGGUCCCUGCAUACCGCCGCUAUGGUUCAGGUAGAGUCCUGGGGGCCACAGGUCGGCUUCGCCUCAUUUACGAUGGCCCCAAGCAAAUUUUCAGCCUUGGGGGCAAACUAGGAGAGGGUCCCUCCGCAUUCCGCGACAGGAACAUUCUGGCCAAUGCAUCUCGAAAGAAGGUGCGAGUCUUCAGGUUGCGCUCGGCACCAGGCCGGGAUCAGACCGAGCUCAACGAAGACUGGUGUGAUUACAUCCCUAUGUCGGGGUCUCGCAAGCGGAAGAGGACCAGUGCCGAGCCUGAAGACGCCUCAGAGGACGAUGGGCCUAACUAUCGGUCAAUACAGGGUAAAGCAAAGGCUCGUGACUUUGUCGAUAGCGACCUCGAGUCUGCUGAUACCUCGGAUUCUGAGACCGAACCCGCAGUCGAUACAUCUGAUCCCGCAAGGCAGAAGUCUGUCGAGUUAUCUCGUCGGGUUAAGGAUCACCCCGAGGACGUAGAUGCCUGGCUUGAUCUCGUUGAUCUUCAAGAAGUGCUACUUCGUCUGGAUCAACACACUCGCCAAGAGAGGAGUGACGAUGAAGUCAAAGGUCUAGCAAGCAUCAGGGUGUCCCUUCUCGAAGAGGCCCUACCUCAUGUUUCAGACCGCAAAGGCCGUGAAAAACUAAUACUGAGACUCAUGCGCGAAGGUUCUAGAGCAUGGGGCAGCAAAACGCUGACAAAACGAUGGUCCGAGAUCAGUCGUGAGGACGACAGCUUCGCGGUGUGGAAAUCCCAUCUGAAUCAUAAACUUUCCAACAUGACAAACUUCUCGUAUGAUGAAGUGAAGGGGCUGCACUUCGAACGUUUACACCUUCUAAGGCAGCGCCUAGCUAAAAUUGAAUUAAGCCCCGCGAACAGCCAUCCAUCAGUUGAAAUCUGCAACGAGCUUGUCUACGUCUUUCUCAGGACGACCCGAUUCAUUCACGAUGCUGGCUACUCGGAGCUCGCAGUUGCUGCAUGGCAGGCCAUCCUGGAGCUCACCUUUGCGCGACCUAGGGAUGCGUCCGACUUAGAGGUCGAGGAUCUGAUGUCAUCGUUUGGAGAUUUUUGGGAGAGCGAAGUCCCUCGUAUCGGCGAAGAUGAUGCGAAGGGGUGGAUACAUUUUGCCGAAGCAGAGGAAAUGGCAGACCUACCAGAGUCGAGACCCGACGCAACAGGCGUACCGCCUGAUACAAGAGAUGUCUACAAAGCAUGGGCUGCGUUAGAAAAGCACCGAAGCACGGGUGCGAGACUACCAGCUCGAACAUUGGAUGAAGGGACAGAAGAUGAUCCGUUUCGCGUGGUUAUGUUCUCCGAUCUCAAGCCACUGCUACUCUACCUGCCACCUGCUGUUCUCACGUCGAUGAAAGAGCCGCUGCUUGAUGCCUUUUUACUCUUUAACCGAUGCCUGCCUGCGUCGAAGGCACCCAGCGAUGUUAUUCAGGAGAUGCUUCGCGACCCUUUUAUUCAUGGCAACAUGUUUGCAAUCGAGGAAAUGAGUUCUAAGGAGCACUGUGACGCUGAGGAAAUAGGAAAGAGAAGGCCCAGAUUCACACAUCCUAAUCACCGUAUGGCCUUGUCUACGGAAGGCCUGUUCGCAUGGGACGAGUGGUUCAAUUACAUCGAACAAACACCAUCAUCAGAAGCUGGUUUUGUCUUGAAAGCCACGAAACAGCUUGCUCUAAAUUUCGAAUUUGACUGCGUUGGGGAAUACAGCCUGGCAUUGGCAAGACAACAGGAUCCGUCCGCCGUCAAGAAGGCGGCAAAGGCGCUCUUGAAGCGGUACCCAUCCAAGACGCGUCUAUACAAUGCGUACGCUAUCGCAGAGUGGGGGCAGGGAAAUCAAGAUGUUGCGAGGAAAGUCCUUCUCUCUGCUACGAGUCAAGACCUAUCACACAAGCAGCUGUUGUGGAAUACGUUCGCUUGGCUGGAGCUCGAGGUUGGAAACAAGCACAAAGCUCUGGCGUUGUGUGUCUUGUCGACCGAAGAUCGAAGCAUGGUUGACAGAUUACUUGACACCGAUCCUAUCAUAGCCCCAAGCCAGCUAUUGAAGACGCGGCAAGUACUGUCAUCAAACAGAGACUUCCUGCUCUCGUCCGGCGACCUCAGUCAAGCGUCAGAGUUCGCGCAGACGCUUUCGCUAUUCGAAUAUCUCUCCGCCGAAACCUCGACGGAGCCCAUGUCAUCGCAACAGGGCAGUAUUCCGGCUGCAAUAAGCAGCAUCAGUGCCUUCACUUCCGAAGCUGUAUCGAGAGGCCAUGGGUCUUCUGCCGAUCUCGAGCGGUUCCUACAGUUCGCAGCACACAUCCUCUAUCUCCACACCUGCAGAGGCCCAUUCCGGCCACCGUUCGUGAGGGACCAGUUGCACUCGUUCCUCGAGCUCUUCCCCUCAAACACCAUCUUCCUGAACCUCUUCGCCUGGGCCGACACCAGCCUCCUCCUCAACGACCCCGUCCGUGAAGCUCUGCGAAGCCUCGUUCUGAGAGAGCCCCACGACCGCGUCAGCAGCAGGGUAUUCGCCAUCCUCCACGAGCUGGACGCCGGAACCGUCCACUCGGCGCGCGCGGCCUUCGAAGCCGCCCUGGACAGCGACAGCUGCCGGGGCAGCGCCGGCCUGUGGCGGAGCUACGUCCGCUUCUGCCAGCAGAAUAGGAAGGAGCUCAAAGGCAAGUCCGUAGAAGUGUAUUACCGGGCUGUGAACGCGUGUCCGUGGUCCAAGGAACUUGCCAUGGAGGCUUUCACCACGCUGGUGAAGGACAUGGACUCGGCUGACCUUAGGGGUGUUUUUGCUACGAUGACGGCUAAGGGCUUGAGAGUCCAUGUGGACUUGGAGGAUUUCAGCAAGGAGUGGGCAAGGUCGUCGAGGAAGAAGGAUUGA